AUGAGUCAAGAACGAAAUGUUCCUGCUGCUGCAACUGCCGCGCCGAAUUUUGCAAUCGAUCCGUUCGACAGGGAAAAAACUAAAUUUGCUAGAUGGAUAAAACGUCUGGAAGGUGCUUUCCGAAUGUUCAAUGUUGCAGAGGAAAGGUGGAAGGAUUACUUAUUGUUUUAUAUGGGAUCUACAACAUACGAUUUGCUGUGUGACCACAUUACUCCUACCGAACCGGAAAAUAGUACAUAUCAAGAGUUAGUGACAAUAUUGAACGCGUUUUUUGACCCCGAACCACUGGAAAUGGUGGAAAUUUGGAAAUUUCGAGCUCGGAAGCAGAACGAUGGUGAAACGAUGGCACAAUUUAUUACGGAACUGCAGCGUGAGGCGAAAUUUUGUAAAUUCGGUGAGUACCUCACGAAGGAGCUCCGCAACCAGCUGGUAUUUGGAUUACGAUCGAAACGGAUUCGGUCUCGGCUUAUUGAGGAAAAAAACUUGACGUACGAAAAAGCAAAAGAUAUAGCCAUCUCAAUGGAGGCAUCGGGAGAGGGUGCGGAAGCCCUGGAGAAGAAGUUACACGAAGUUAAUUUUACGGAGAGAAAAAGUAACCGGCGAAAUUAUAGCACCAAAUACUGUUACCGUUGUGGUAGUGAGACCCAUCUUGCGAGUGUAUGUAAAUACAAGGAAGCAGUUUGCAGUUUCUGUAAGAAAACAGGCCAUCUCAAACGGGUGUGCCUUUCAUUCACCAAGCAAAACAAAGAUGUGGGGGAAGAGAAAAUUGAUAGAUUUGUAAAAACAAAAAAGAAGUUGCAUACCAACAUGCUAGAAGAAGAAAGUGAUGAAGCGGAACCAGAAGAAAUUUCUGAUGUGAGUGGAUCUGAUGAGAUGGAUUUAGAGGAUGUUUGUGUUUUGGAUAUAUGUAAAUUGGAUGACAAAUCUAAAACCCUCUCGAAAAUUAUGUUGCCUUUGACUGUAAACAAGAAAGUUAUAAAAUUUGAGGUAGACUGUGGAUCGCCUGUAUCGCUAAUAAGCUUGGCAGACAAAAUGACAUAUUUCAAUGACUUACCAUUAACAAAAACAAACGUCGAACUUAUCAGUUAUUGUGAAAAUAAAAUUAAGGUGCACGGUUACAUGAAGGCAGAGGUUCAUUACAAGGGACAUUCAAAUAUGCUACGGCUUUUUGUUGUUGACACGAAACGACAUGCAUUGUUAGGCCGCGAGUGGAUGCGUGAGCUGCAGGUUGACUGGGACCAAAUUAUUCGUAAUGCAAAUACUGUAAGUAGCAUCGCAGUUCGCACUCAAGUGUCCGAUGCGGUUUCUCGUUUACUGAAACAAUUUCCCGCGGUUUUCGAUAACUCCGUUGGUACGAUACGGAACAUUCGUGCCUCAUUAACAUUAAAAGCAAAUAGCAAACCCAUAUUUUUGAAAGCUCGUACGUUGCCAUUCUCCAUACGCGACACCGUUGAGCGCGAAAUUGAAAAAAUGGUCAGUAGUGGUAUACUUGUUAAAGUGAAACAUAGUUCAUGGGCAACACCAGUUGUUCCCGUUAUGAAGUCUCACGAUCGUGUGCGCUUGUGCGGGGACUACAAAGUGACAGUGAACACAUGUCUUGUAGUUGAUGAACAUCCUCUUCCUACGAUCGACGAAUUGUUUGCAAACAUGGCUGGUGGGCAGAAGUUUUCAAAAAUUGAUUUGGCUCAAGCGUAUCUACAAAUGGAAGUGUGUGAAGAAGACCGGGAGAUUUUAACGUUAAAUACUCAUCUAGGCUUAUAUCAACCAACUCGACUGAUGUACGGUGUAUCGUCUGCCCCAGCAAUAUUUCAGCGCGAAAUAUCGCAAAUUUUGCGAGAUAUUCCUAGCGUGUCAGUAUUUCUGGAUGACAUCAAAAUUACGGGACCGGACGACCAAUCCCAUUUGCAACGACUUGGAAUGGUGUUACGAAGACUUAAUGAGUAUGGUAUGCGCGUUAAUGUUGCAAAGUGUGAGUUUUUCGUCGAUCAAAUUGAGUACUGUGGAUUCGUUAUCGAUAAAGAAGGAAUUCGGAAGAUGAAGAAAAAAAUCGAUGCGAUUCAGGAAAUGCCACGACCGCGCAAUCGAGAACAAGUUCGUGCGUUUGUGGGUCUCAUAAACUAUUACGGUCGGUUUUUAAAGAACUUGAGCUCUAACAUUUACCCAAUUAUCAACCUGUUGAAGGACAACGUCGUUUUCGAGUGGAAUAUCGAGUGUGAAAAGGCUUUCCGUUGGGUGAAAAGGGAAAUACAGUCAGAUCGAGUACUCGCUCAUUACGACCCAAAACUUCCGCUUGUCUUGGCUACUGAUGCAUCUCCAUAUGGUGUCGGCGCAGUCUUGAGUCAUGUUUACCGCGAUGGAAUGGAAAGGCCGAUCCAGUAUGCUUCACAAACAUUAAAUAAGUCACAGCAGAACUACACGCAGGUCGACAAGGAAGCUUACUCCAUAAUUUUCGGAGUGAAGAAAUUUUACCAAUAUCUCUAUGGUCGUAAGUUUACCCUACUUACAGAUAAUAAACCGGUUUCUCAGAUUUUAUCGCCAAAUAAGGGACUUCCCAUGCUCUCGGCAUUGAGAAUGCAGCACUACGCAGUGUUCCUCGGAUCGUUCGAUUAUGAGAUAAGGUAUCGAUGCUCCAAGGAAAAUGCCAAUGCGGAUGGUAUGUCUCGAUUACCCAUCGAGAACCCGACUAACAAUAACUGUAUCGAAGAAGUAGAUGUCAUCGAGCUGAAUCAAAUUGAAGCGUUGCCGGUUACUGUCGAAGAGCUAGCGGACUGCACGAAACACGAUCCGAAUGUUCGAAACUUGUUGCAGGGGAUGAAGGUAGGAAGAAUAGUUGACGGCCGUGAUAGAUUUGGGAUUGAUCAAAGCGAGUUUUCUGUUCAGAAGAAUUGUAUUCUAAAGGGUAUUCGCGUUUACAUACCUCCCAAAUUGCGUAGACGAGUGUUGGAGGAACUACACAUUGGCCAUUUUGGCGUAUCUCGGAUGAAGUCGUUGGCGCGAUCGUACUGCUGGUGGGAGUGUAUAGAUCGAGAUAUAGAAGAGAUGUCAAGAAACUGUAGUAACUGUGCGACUACACGUAAAAACCCUACUAAAGUUCCUAUUCACUGCUGGGAACGUCCUUCGCAACCUUUUCAAAGGCUUCACAUUGAUUUCGCAGGACCUUUUCUCGGACUAAAUUUUCUAGUAAUUGUAGAUGCAUACACAAAAUGGCCCGAAGUUAAGAUCAUUCCAGAUUUGACAACUGGAACCACUAUUGAUCGUUUGCAAGAAUACUUCGCAACCUAUGGCGUCCCAACAGUAAUUGUGAGUGAUAGAGGCGUACAGUUCACAUCGGUGCAAUUCCAGGUAUUUUUAAAGAAAAACAACGUUGUACACAAAAUGGGAGCCCCAUACCACCCAGCUACAAACGGGCAGGCUGAGAGAUUCGUCCAAACCUUCAAAGACAAGCUGAAGGCUUUGAAGUGUGAACGCAAGGAUGUCCAGCUGGAACUGUACAAAAUUCUGAUGGCGUAUCGACGUACCAUUCAUCCCACAACCGGCGAAUCUCCAUCUAUGCUAGUAUUCGGGAGGCAAUUGAAGUCGCGGUUAGAUUUAAUUAUUCCGAGUGAUACAAACACAAAUUCUAAUCGCGAGAGGAAUAUUGCAGUGAGAGAUUUUGGUGUUGACGAUCGAGUUUCGGCUCGUGACUUUUUGAGUUCAUCGAAGUGGCAAUUCGGAACGGUGAUGGAACGCGUGGGCAAACUUCAUUACAUAGUUAAAUUGGAUGAUGGUCGCAUUUGGAAACGACACGUAGAUCAACUUCAACCCGGUCCAGUGAAGGAAGCAUCUGAUAAGGAGGCUUUGAUCGAUGCUAAUGAAGUUUAUUGCAGUAGCCGAGCUAGAAAUAUGCUGUUACCUCCCCCAAUUCAGUUACCGCCUGAACAGGGCUACAAUAACCAGGGCAGUUACCAACAAACGAGAUCAACAGACGACCAAACGAAAAUGCCAACACACUUCCAAACAUCAACUGAUCACUUUGUAGAACUUUCAAGGGAAAACAAAUCCGAACAGGCAAACGAAGCAAGUUUCAGGAGCACUGACAUAUCUCGGCGAUCCACUAGAAUCAGAAAACCUCCAAAUAGAUUAGAUUUAUAA